AUGAUAUCACUGAGUCGUAACAUUUUCUCAGAAAAGUUAUCUGAGGCGAAAUGGAGGCUGUCCACGUUUGGGAUUGUUGCUCUGGAUGGUUCAGGAGCAGGUGCUGGAGGAAGUGGACAUGUCCCAGUCUCCUCAGAGGCCUACAGACAUCUGCAGAGGAAAAAGACUGAAUUACAUAAACUUAAAAUGGCUGUUGGGGAAUUUUAUCUGAGUCUGGCGUUUCUCCAGAGCUACCAGGAGCUGAACUACCAAGCAUUGAAUGAAUCACAUCUAGAGCAACUGAAGCCACUGCUACAACUCUACAGAGGGAGUUUUCUGCUGAUCGAGUUCCUGUCACUGAUGGGAUUAUCCAUGUAUUGCUGGAGAAGAUCUGGAAUCAAUCACAUUCUCAUUUUUGAGCUGGAUCCUAGACAUCACUUAUCACAUCAUCACGUUUUAGAGGUGGCAGGAUACUUGGCUGUAUGUUGUUGUAUUAGUGUGUUGGCCUGGCUACAUCCUUCGUUCAUGUCAAUCCCACAACAGCUCCACCCCCUUUUAUUCCACAGUCUUUUGCUGUUCUUGCUGUUAAACCCCACAUCUACUUGUCACUCUGGGUCUCGUCACUGGUUUCUUGCUGUGAUGUGGAAGGUCCUGACAGCACCUCUCUGGCCUGUUGGGUUUGCAGAUUGCUGGCUGGCUGACCAGCUCAACAGUCUGAGUCCUGUUAUCUUGAGCCUGUGGGACCUGCUGUGCUUCUACACCUUUCAGAUAAACUGGGCAGAUCUGCAGGAUGGCAGCUCUCUGGUUAGAGAGAGUGUGGACUGGGAAAGGCAGAGCAAAAUAGUCAUAUGUCUGAUUCAAUGCUUCCCUCCAUGGCUGAGGUUUGCUCAGUGUCUUAGAGACUUCUGGGACAGUGGAAACACAGUGCAUCUCCUUAAUGCUGGCAAAUACUCCACUGUCUUUCUCAUGGUCACAUUUGCAGGUCUCUACAACACAGCAAGAGAGAAGUCUGAUCCGGCCAUGGAGGAGAGUGUGUAUGUGUAUCUGUACCUGUGGGCCAUGUCUACCUGCAUAAGUGUAAUAGUGACUGUGAGCUGGGACCUAAGGAUGGACUGGGGACUGCUGCAAGGAAAUGGACUUCUGAAAGAGGAGCUACUUUACUCCCGAGAGGUGUAUUACUAUGCAGCCAUGUUAGCAGAUGUGCUACUGCGGAUCUCUUGGGCUAUUAAUAUCCUCUUGGCUCAGAUGAAGGAUUCAGCUGCUGUUGUUACUGCUAGUGCCAUACUGGCUCCACUGGAGGUCCUCAGGCGUUCAAUCUGGAAUUUCUUUCGCCUGGAAAAUGAGCACCUGAAAAACUGCAGACAGUGUCGAGCCAUUCGUGAUUUUAAUAAUAGUCCAAUAAACCUGCCACAGCAGAUCCUCAUUGAGAAGCUGAAGGACCCAAAUGAGCAGAUUACUGGCCAACAGGAAACCAGUACCUCACACCGUAAACCUACUUGUUUACUAUUUAGAUAUCUAAGAUCAAGAGUUAAGGAAACAAACUUACCAGUAGAGAGCCCAGAGAUGGAGUCAACGUAAUGUUUAUAAGGAUGAAAAAGGAGCCCUUAAAAUGGGCGCACACAUAAAUGUUGAUUAGGUGCUUAGUCAGCAAGGUAAAAUGUCAUGAUUACAGUCCCCAUGUGUAAUAUAUGAAGAAGCAGUACCAAUAUUUCCCUCAAAAUAAUACUUUCCUUUAUUUCACUUCAAAAUCCACCAGUAAUUCAAUUUUCCAGACCAGCUGAUAUGCAAAAAUCAGGCAAGCAUGUACAAUACAGCAGCUUGAGCCCAAGCGAAUAAAGAGGAAAAAAGAGCAUGGGAGGAGAAAGUGAGAGUCCAGCAUUUCUCUCUCCAGAGAACUGAUGUUCUCUGUUCUGCUUCCUACUCUGUGUUCAAGUCAGCAGUCCCACAGUCAGCUGUUUUUUUUAAAUAAAGUAUCUCUAUGCUUUCCUCCUGUUAUAGUCCAAACCCAGCAGUAUAGCUUUGAUAUCUGAAGCAAUGCACAUAUGUUGUGUUAAUGAACAGGUUCAGCUUUUUUUCUU